UGAUCCAAAAUGGCCGCCAGAAACAAGUAUUCGAUACUUCUUCCCACCUAUAAUGAACGAGAAAACCUUCCUCUCAUCGUGUGGCUUAUAGUGAAAGCAUUUGAAGAAAGCGAACAUGACUAUGAAAUAAUAAUUAUUGAUGACGGGAGCCCUGAUGGUACACUAGAAGCAGCAAAACAGCUCGAAACUAUUUAUGGCAGUGAUAAAAUUGUGUUGAGGCCAAGACCAAGAAAAUUGGGCUUAGGAACCGCAUAUGUACAUGGUAUGAAGCACUCAACAGGAAAUUUUAUCAUUAUUAUGGAUGCUGAUUUAUCUCAUCAUCCUAAAUUCAUCCCUGAGUUUAUAAGAAAGCAGAAGGAGAAUGACUAUGAUAUUGUGUCUGGAACAAGGUACAGUGGUAAUGGUGGAGUCUUUGGAUGGGAUUUAAAGCGAAAACUUAUAAGCCGUGGUGCGAAUUAUCUUACGCAAAUACUUCUGCGUCCAGGAGCCUCUGACCUGACUGGAAGUUUUAGAUUGUACAAGAAGGAUGUGCUUCAAAAGCUAGUUGACUCGUGUGUGUCAAAAGGAUACGUCUUUCAAAUGGAGAUGAUUGUMAGAGGACGACAAUUAGGAUAUUCAAUAGGAGAGGUCCCUAUUUCAUUUGUUGACCGUGUGUACGGCGAAUCCAAACUUGGCGGAAGUGAAAUCAUCCAUUUUGCUAAAGGCCUUUUAUAUCUUUUUGCAACCACAUGACAUUUAACAAUAAGAACAAUAAUUAUUAUUAGCUAUUAUUAUUGUUAGUUAGAUUUCUAUCGAUGAAAUGUAAUGAAAUGCUGCAUUCUCCAAAUGCAUCAUGGGAUUAGAUGGGCUAUAUGCCGGAGUGAUAAUUAGAAUCACUGCGUUAAUCACGUUUCAUAUUUUGAGCGUUUUUGUAAGUAAGAAAUAUAUAGGUAUAAAAGGGAUGACUAUAUAACAAUUUCAUUUCCUUUAUUUGUUCGUUUCUUUAUUUUUUGCAUUAAGGCGAAGGUACUAACACAAGCUCUGGUGCAGCAUUCACGAGUAUCCGGAGAUUUCCGGAAUCGUAUAUUAUGAUUUGCGCAAAGCAGAAAGCGAUCAUCGUCUUUCGGUGAUGUCAAUGCCCUAAGCCCAAACGCAUUAAAAAUAUGCGGUUUUGAAAAUAAAAAUAAUAACGCCCCGUUCUUUGGCGUUUGUAUGUAAAUUCGUUGGGUUUUUUUUUCGUGCUAGUCGAAGAGCCUAUUUCUCGUUUGUUUGAAAAUUUUAAAACAUAGCUUAAAAGUCAAUUUGACGUUUGGCGCUCGCCCUAAAUGUGGUAAAUCUCCUGAUAGCUGUGCCAGUUUAAUCGUGUGAUGCGUUAUUAUAAUUAAUAGUUAUUAUUUUAACAAUUAUUAAUAGUGCAGAGGGAAACCACUCUAAUAAACUAGCUGCGCUUUCUUUGUUUGAGGAUGGUUGGGUAAUCGGGUUCAAUUUUUUUGUAGUGCAUAAUUUAGUUUGUAAUAUGAAUAUAGUGAAAUACAUAACUUUGUUUUCA